AUGGACCACCGACAAUCCCAAUACCUUAAACCCCCCUCCACCCAUCCUCACGCCCACCCCCAACACCGCACCUCCACAACCUCCUCUCCCCGAGCCCCAGUAACCGCCCACGCAACCGCCACAAUCGCCGACACAACCGUUUUCCAAGGAACCCACCCCAUCGCCAUCGGCGCAGAAACAGUCAUCCACCCGCGCGCCCGCAUAUACUCCUUCGACGGCCCCGUGCUCAUCGGCGAAGGAUGCAUAAUCAGUGAGAAGAGCACGAUUGGUGCGGCGCCGGUGGCUUCGCCGGUUUCUUCGCCUACAAUGGGGGCCCCAGCAGGAGGGAGGGAGGGUGUUUCUACGCGUGUCUCACACUCCGUCACAAUUGCUCCGUUAGCAACGAUACUCCCAGGCGCACAUAUCCAUUCCUCCGUGUGCAUUGAUAGUUUAGCGACCAUCGACCGCCGCGCGAAUAUCGGCGCGCACUCGAAAGUCUGCGCUACGUGCCAUGUCCCCGCGAAAGCUGUGAUCAGAGAUUGGACUGUUGUUUGGGGGUCUGGGGCGGGAUUUGGGCAGAGGAGGAAGAGGGCUACGAAGGCUGCUACGAAUACGGGUGUGGGGAUUGCGGUGCAGGGACAAGGGCAGGUGUUGGAGGGGAAGGUGAUUGAGGAUGCGAGGUUGGUGGUUUUGAAGAAGGAGAGGGAAGCGUUGGUUAGGUUGAUUGGGGCUUCGGCGGCUGGGUCGAGGAGGAGGUGA